AUGGGCAAGAAGUCCAAAAAUUCAAACAAUAUACGACGUACUGUGAUUUCGGAAGCUCCUCCCUACCUUCAAGCCGCUGAGAUUUCUGAUUUAGAAAUGGCCGAAUCUACGGAGCCUGUUCCUGACCCUGAUCCUGAGGACAUCUCCGAGGCUAUCCCAGAGGCUGCCCCUGAGCUUGUCCCUGAGCUUGAUGUUCAGGCUGCCCCUGAGCCUGAUCCCAAGCCCAUUCCCAACUCUGCCUUUGAAGCUGCCCCUCAACUUGACCCCAAGUCUGUCUCUAACUUUGGCCGGGAAGAAAUAGACAAGGCAGCAGAAGAGGCUAGUGCCAAGCAACAUGAGGUUACAGAUGCUCCCGCUACUAGAGCCAACAAAGCUCCUGAGCCUGUCUCUAAAAGAGCAGAAGUUACCACUGAAGCACCUACUAUUCUCCCUGAACCUGUCAUUAUUAAAUACAAUCAGCCUAACAUCAGGUAG